AUGGAUUUCAAAUCAGAAAAAAUACUGUUAUGGUUUAUUAUAGUCUUUCUUGAUUCGUUGUCAGGACAAAAAACAAUAUGCCCACCACCAGAGACUAUUUCGCCGUGUAUAUGCACACAUCGCCAGGAAGAUGUACAAAUAUGGUGUACCCACAGCGAUCUGGCACAAGUCACAAAAGGAAUACAAAAAAUAGGUGAAUACAUAAAAAAACCUAUAGAUGAAAUUAUAAUAGAAAACAACUAUUUACCAUCACUUCCGGGGAAAAUAUUUCAGAAUUUAAAUAUUCUACGGCUGAUGUUACGACAGAACGGAUUGGAACGAGUAUCAGCAACAUGGCUUGAAACCCAAGAAAAGAAUCUCCUUGAAAUAUUCAUUGUAGAAAGCGAUCUUAAAAGCAUACCUUCUGAAAGUUUGAUGAAACUACAAAACUUACAAGCUCUCACCAUACAGUCUGAAAAUCUGAAAAGAAUUCCAGUGUUAAUGAACAUGCAAAAGUUACAAUACAUAAACAUACAAUCCAACAGCUUAAAUACCAUUUACGAGCGCACAUUUGAAAAUUUACCAAGUCUAGAAAGACUGUUUAUUCGCGGUAGUGUGAACCUGCAGAAUCUGAAUGAGAACGCAUUCUAUAACUUGCCAAAACUUCGAAAACUUGAUAUAACUGAUUGUGGGAUAACAACCAUACACAUGCGAGCAUUCUAUUUAUUACCGAAGUUAUCAGAAUUAUCAUUAAAUAAUAACAAAAUAUCUGAUGCAUCUAUGGUCGGACGUGCUACAAGAGAUCUUCCGAUGCUGUCUACUUUAAAUUUAAGCGAUAAUAUUAUAACAAAAUUAAAUGAAGCAGCCUUUGUUGAUCUUCCGAUGUUGGAAGUUUUAUAUUUAACAAAUAAUAACAUUAAUAUAAUUCAUCAUGGAGCCUUUUACAGGGUAGCUAAAUUGAGAAAAGUAGAUCUGAACUAUAAUGAAAUAAUAAGAAUACAUCCCGAAUCAUUUCUACAACAAUCUGGUAGCGGAGUUGAAGAUCUGUCUUUAAUUGGCAACCAAAUCAUGCACAUUUCUGAAUUUAGAUCAUUACUUGAUGCAUUACCUCGUUUGAGAUACUUGGAUAUGAGUGAGAAUUUAUUACAAGAGAUUCCAAGAGGAGCAUUGAGAGGACAUCCGAGUCUUGAAAGAUUACAUUUGAAUAAAAACAAUAUCAAGUUUAUAGAUAAAGAUGCAUUUUUAGCUAUGCCAGCCUUAAGAGAACUGCACCUGAGCAAUAAUUCAUUGAGUGAUUUAAACGAAGGUCCGUUUUGGAAUUUACCGGCAUUAAAAGGCUUAGAUUUGUCGUACAAUUACUUUCAACGCUUACAGCCAAAAUUAUUGUUCAACCUUCCAGCAUUGAGAAGAAUUAAUUUAAGUAAUAAUCAACUGGCAAUAAUAGAUCCGAUUACUUUCAUGGAAACACCUCUGUUGGAAUAUGUAAAUAUAUCUGGCAACAGUCUAGUAUCCAUACAUCCAGCAACGUUUAGAAAUUUGCCAAAUUUAUAUGAAUUGGAUGCCAGUUCAAAUAGACUUGUGGAAUUUGUUCCCGGUUUACCGAGAGGGUUAGAACAAUUGUAUCUAAAUAAAAAUCAAAUAACCACUUUACCAAUACCACCAUCUCCAGAUUUGGAUUUACCUUCUCUGAGAACACUAGACAUAUCAAGCAACGGUAUCCAAAAGAUUUCACACGGAGGGAUGAAAACAUUACAUAAUUUGCGAAGGCUUUACAUGAAACGUAAUGGUGUACGACAAAUAGACAUUGGGACAUUUAGUAAUCUAGAACGCCUGGAAGAGUUGGACUUAAGCCACAACCAGAUUAUAAGCAUUGACCCAAAGAGUUUUUCAAAUCUAGCAUACCUCAAGCAAAUUAAUCUGUUAGGAAAUAAUAUAGAAAACCUUGAUUUUACUACAAUUCAAAACAAUGGUGUAUUGUCAACAGUUGAUUUUAGUAAGAAUAAGAUAAAAAGCAUUAACCCUGUUACAAUGAACAAGGGUUUGAAAGUAGAAAUAUUGAAUAUUUCUAUGAACAAUCUGCAUGAACUUCCCGGCAAUCUUAAUAUGUUGUCAACACUCAAAACAUUAGAUUUAAGUAACAACUUCAUCAAAAGUUUUGAUGGCAAUAUUAUCAAUGCCAUACAUACUCUUGAAACAAUUAAAAUGCACAGAAAUAGAAUCGUAGAACUACGACCAGGUACCUUUAGAGACUUAAUAAACCUAGGAACCAUUGAUUUGGAAAAUAACCAAUUGGAGGCGAUCCAUUCUCUUGCUAUCGCUAGCCUUCCAAACUUAGUGUCAAUCUAUUUGAGCAAUAACCACAUUAUAGAUAUUCCUGAUCGAGCAUUUUCCAAUUUGCCAAAAUUACGUGUGAUUGAUUUACAAGGAAACAGACUGCAGUUCAUAUCAAUGAGAGCAUUCGAUAGUAUACCAUUGGUGCAGUAUUUAAACUUGAGUAAUAAUCAGAUAACUACUUUGGAAAAUUUAGGAAUUAGACCACUUAUGUCCUUAGAAGUAUUAGAUCUGAGUUUUAACAGGAUAACAAGAAUCACAAAAGAAUCUUUUAAAUAUAUGGAGUGGUUGGUCGAACUUAAUCUAGAUAACAAUAAAAUAUGUUACAUAUUUAACCAACCAUUUGAUUAUAUGCCGCGCUUAAAAGUUCUGUCACUGCGCAAUAACAAGUUGCAUUCUGUUUAUGAGAAUAAUUUUGCAAAGUUAAGAAGUAAUAUUGCUAUCUUAGAUAUUGACGGCAAUCCACUGGUUUGUAAUUGUGCAAUAAUUUGGCUGAAGUCCUGGCUUACAGAAUCAACUUCAAUAGGACCAAAAUGUUCAGAUGGUACCUACGUCAAAGAAAUGCCAUUUUCCAAAAAUGACUGCGACAAUAUUCCAACUCAAACUCAAGACCCGAACUCUUGUCUGUCAUAUGAAAAUGAGGCAUUAUUGCCUAAUCUUCAAACAUCUCAAGUUUUCUCGUCAUUGGAUAAAAUUAAAGAUUAUGGUACACAUAUCAAACACAACUACAAUGGGAAUAAAUUAAGUAAUCGUCCGUUACCAGAGGAAUCCGAAUACUUUUACGAUGAAUACGUAGAUUAUCCUUAUAAUGAGACAUUGCUUGAGAAUAUAAACAAUGAAUUCAAAAUAACGAAUAAAUCAAUGGAAAUCGCAACUAGUACACCUUCAAACCAAAUUGGAACAAUUAAUAGAACAAACCUUAAAAGUGGAGUAGCUGUUAAACUCCCUACAAGUGGAUUCACUUUCUUUGGUCUUCCACUUCCUUCUCUCGAUAUGAAUAAGCUCUUAAAUACUGGUCGGAAAAUUGAUUUGUUUGAAAAUAAGAACAGUCAGAAACACAUGAAAAAUUAUCAAGUGACAGAAGCUCCUAGAUUCGAAACUGGAGGUUUUUCCCCCAUGCUCCCAACCACUUCGGCAGGUUUCAAGCCAAUACCAAACCCAGCUUUAAAUGUAUCUCAAAUGACUGAGCAUAGUAUUGUAAAAGUCGACCAAAACAACAAAGCUUUAAAUAACUUAUCACCUAUGGGAAAAGUUUUUAACAAUACAAGUCUCAAGAAAAUUAAGAGUGAAAUUCAUGAGCUCAAAGCAUACCAUAAUGAUGAUAACAAGACACAUAUAGCUUAUAACAGAACUAAAAACUUUGAAGAACAAGAUAUUACUCCAAUAAAUAUAAGUAAAUAUAAUCUUAUGGAAACAAACAUGACGGUUACACAAGUUACAGAGAAGGAAAUGAUCAUAACUACUGACGUAAUAGACACAGAUUUGUCACUACAGACAUGGAUGGAAACCAGUAGCAUGCCACCAUCUACAACAACUACUCCGUCAUUACCAAUAAUUAAACAUAUGGAUAGUGAACCCACUGCUCUUUCAUCCACUCUAGACUCUAACUUUGAAGAUUUUACCAAAAAUCAUAGUCGAACGGCAACCAUAACUAAAGUGGUUUUACCUCAUGCCGAGCAUUACGAUCUGAGACACAAUUAUGCACCGGUUAUGAAUAGGGAAGCUAAAACACAAUUUUUUGAGGUAGCUAGUACUCAUAAUAAGGUGAAGUCAAAUGACGACAACGACUGGUAUUAUAAGAAUUACAAUAAAACAAAUAUAGACCCAUAUAUUGAUCCAGUCAUUCAAACUUCAAGUAGCUGUAAACUUAUUCGCUAUCAACAAACAUUUAUAUUAACAAUUACCAUGACUGUAUUAAACAAUUUAAAUUAA